UUAAGCAAAAGUUAAGCAAAAGUUUGCAUAGUUAAUCAGUUGCAUGACUUAUUUGAGUAAAUAUGUUACAUUAUAAUGGGUGAACAUUUGGUACUUCAGAAAUAGUUGCCUAAAGUAUAGAAAAUUUGAGCUUGGUGUUGAAAAUUGCAAUGAAGAUAGAAGUCAAGAGUUGAAAAUGACUUUGGGAUUCUUCUCUCCAGCUAUAAAGAUUUGUGCAACUGCAGAGAUGCACACUUAUCGAUCUGAGAAAGAAAAGUCUUGCCUGGAUGCUGUCCUGAGGCGUGCCCUAAGUUUCAUAACGUGAUGGAAAACAGAAAAGAGAGGCCUUUGAGAAACACCUAGACCUCGCUUGCAACUUUGAAUCACAAAAACGUUACUCUGGCUCUGCCUGGGCACCCUUCCUCCCCUUGUGUGUCAGGAUCAGCAAUGAAGCACAAAUUGGCCUUUGACAAUAUUAGCUUUGAGGCGGACUCCGAACAUUCACCCUCUCUCCGUUCUCAGGUGAACACUGUUACAGUUGAUAUUUCAGGCAUCACUUGCCAAGCCUGUGUACAAUCUAUAGAAGGAAGAAUUUCCAAGGUAAAAGGAAUUGUGACUAUCAAGGUGUUUCUUGAACAAGGUAAUGCUGUGAUAAAAUAUGUGGAGCUGGAAAUAAGUCCCCAGCAGAUCUGUGAGGAAAUCAGUGACAUGGGAUUUAAUGCCAGUAUUGUUGAGGCAGCACAGUCAUCAGGACAAAGGACUAGUGAAGCUUUGGUUAAGUUCAAAAUAGAAGGCAUGACCUGCCAGUCUUGUGUUAACACCAUUGAAGAAAACAUUGGGAAACUUCACGGUGUGAAGAAAAUCAAAGUGUCCCUCAACAACCAAGAAGCCACCAUUGCUUAUCAUCCACAUAUAAUAAAGCCUGAAGAACUAAGGAAUAACAUAGAUGGCCUGGGAUAUGAAAGCACAAUUAAGCACAAGCAAGCUCCGUUGAUGCUUGACUUGAUUGUUGCAGAACGCUUACGGCAGGUAGAGAAAGGACUGCCCGGUGGGCUUGAUGGUGAUAGAGCAACCACGGAAGACAGUGUACCCAGCACAUCCACUGCAGUUCUGGGUGUGGAAGGCAUGCACUGCAAAUCCUGUGUCAACACCAUUGAAAGUUCCAUCUCUGAUUUGCCUGGGGUGCAAUGUAUUAAAGUGUCCCUGGAGCAGAAAAAUGCUACUGUGUGGUUUGACCGAAACCUGAUCACUCCAUCCUUUCUGCAGCAAGCCAUCCAAGCUCUUCCCCCUGGCAACUUCAAGGUAACUUCUGGUGAUGUGGAGAACCAUGAUGAACUAAUUGCAAGCACAGCAUCCUUUUUACCAUGUUUAUCCCGCAGUCUCCCUCAGGUGCACCCACACAGCGGAUCUAGUACAGCUGUUAUGAAGAUUGAUGGAAUGACCUGCAAUUCCUGUGUAAAAUCCAUUGAAAGUUCUAUGUCCCAGAGGAAAGGUGUGGUGUAUAUAUCUGUAUCUUUAACUGAAGGGACUGCGGUUAUAUCGUACAGUCCAGUUGUAACCAACUCUGAAGAGCUGAGAGCUGCUAUAGAAGACAUGGGGUUUGAUGCUUCUGUCCUAGCAGAUACCAACAUUGGGAGACCUACUGACAGGGGUGUGGAAUCCACUGUGCCAACUUCCACUUCCUUGAGAAAUGAUGCUGUCCCAGAGUUCUUGUACAGUGAUGUUAUAUCUCACAAAAAGAACUUUCCCCAUGAUCCUCCAAAGCUUUCCAAUGCCGGAAAAACAGAAAGAUGCUUUAUGUUGGUCACAGGCAUGACAUGUGCAUCAUGUGUAUCUAACAUUGAGAAGAAUCUGCAAAAAGAAGAUGGGAUAGUAUCUGUGCUUGUUGCCUUAAUGGCAGGGAAAGUUGAAGUAAAAUAUAAGCCAGACCGAAUUCAGCCUCUUGAAAUAACCCAGCUGAUUGAGAACUUGGGUUUUGGUGCUUCAGUCAUACAAGAUUAUCCUGGUGCAGAUGGCAAUAUAGAUCUUCAGGUCCUGGGGAUGACCUGUGCUUCAUGUGUCCAUAACAUUGAAUCCAAACUUACCAAGACACCUGGCGUUAUUAGUGCAUCUGUGGUUCUGGCUACCUCUAAAGCGAAUGUCCAGUUUGAUCCCGAAGUUGUUGGUCCUCGAGACAUCAUACAAAUGAUUGAGGGACUUGGUUUUCAAGCAUCAUUGGCUAAAAGAGAUCCAAAGGAUCACAAUUUGGAUCACAAACAAGAGAUCCGACAAUGGAGGACAUCGUUCUUAUGGAGCUUGGUAUUUGGUGUCCCUGUUUUGAUAUUAAUGAUUUACAUGUUAAUACCUGCUGCCGACCAUCACGGAUCAAUGAUUCUGGAGCAAAAUCUCAUUCCUGGAUUAUCUAUUCUAAAUCUGCUCUUCUUUGUUCUUUGCACCUUGGUUCAGAUCCUUGGUGGGUGGUACUUCUAUGUGCAAGCCUACAAGUCACUGAAGCACAAGAUGGCCAACAUGGAUGUCCUCAUAGUGCUGGCCACAUCUGUUGCUUACGUCUACUCAUGCAUCAUUCUGAUGGUUGCCAUAGCUGAAAAGGCAGAGCAAAGCCCCAUCACCUUUUUUGACACUCCUCCAAUGCUGUUUGUGUUCAUAGCUCUUGGGCGGUGGCUGGAACACAUAGCAAAGAGUAAAACAUCAGAGGCGCUUGCCAAAUUAAUUUCUCUUCAAGCUACGGAAGCCAUGGUAGUUACACUUGGACCUGACAACUCCAUCAUCAGAGAGGAACAAGUGCCUGUCGAACUGGUUCAGCGAGGAGAUGUUGUGAAAGUAGUCCCUGGUGGGAAAUUCCCAGUGGACGGGAAAGUCAUUGAAGGCAGCUCUAUGGCAGAUGAGUCCCUCAUUACCGGGGAAGCCAUGCCUGUCACUAAGAAACCGGGCAGCACGGUCAUUGCAGGCUCUCUCAACGCGCACGGCUCCGUGCUUGUAAACGCAACUCAUGUUGGCUCUGAUACCACCCUGGCACAGAUUGUGAAGCUGGUAGAAGAAGCUCAGAUGUCAAAGGCACCCAUUCAGCAGCUGGCAGACAAAUUUAGUGGCUAUUUUGUCCCUUUCAUUGUUGUCAUUUCAACAGCAACUCUGGUAACCUGGAUUGUAAUUGGAUUUGUGCAUUUUGAUAUUGUCCUGAAAUAUUUUCCACAUCACAAUAAACACAUCUCAAGAGCCGAGGUUAUCCUACGAUUUGCCUUCCAGACCUCCAUCACAGUGCUCUGCAUUGCAUGUCCUUGUUCCCUGGGCCUGGCCACCCCAACAGCUGUAAUGGUGGGCACUGGAGUUGCUGCUCAGAAUGGUAUUCUCAUCAAAGGUGGGAAACCCCUGGAAAUGGCACACAAGGUGAAGACUGUGAUGUUUGAUAAAACUGGGACCAUCACCUAUGGCAUUCCUCGAGUCAUGAGGGUCCUCUUGCUAGGAGACACGGCAGCUACCCUCUCUCUGAAGAAGCUGCUUGCUGCUGUUGGUACUGCAGAAGCUAGCAGUGAGCAUCCCUUAGGAAUGGCUAUUGCUCGAUACUGCAAAGAGGAACUUGGGACAGGGACCCUCGGAUACUGCAGAGAUUUUCAGGCAGUUCCUGGAUGUGGAAUAAGCUGUAAUGUCAGCAGCCUUGAUACUGUACUCAAUGAGGCAGAGCAGCACUUAAACAGCCACAGCCCUGCUUUGAUGAGUGAUGCUGAUGGAGGUGCUGCAGAUCGGAGUUCACAGGCUCUGAUCUCCGGAUCAGAUGCAGCAGUCUCUCAGACUUAUUUGGUGUUGAUUGGGAAUCGGGAAUGGAUGAGACGGAAUGGCUUGCAUAUUUCCAGUGAUGUUCAUGAGGCUAUGACCGGCCAUGAAAUGAAAGGACACACAGCUAUACUCGUGGCUAUAGAUGGGGUUCUUCGAGGCAUGAUAGCAAUAGCAGACACAGUGAAACCGGAGGCAGUUCUGGCUAUGAACAUAUUGCAAAGUUUGGGUGUGGAUGUGGUGCUUAUUACAGGAGACAACCGGAAGACAGCCAAAGCAAUUGCUACGCAGGUUGGCAUCAAGAAAGUCUUUGCAGAGGUGCUUCCAUCUCACAAAGUGGCCAAGGUCCAGGAGCUCCAGGCAUCUGGAAAGAGAGUCGCCAUGGUUGGGGACGGGGUGAACGACUCACCAGCACUGGCGAGGGCCGAUGUUGGCAUUGCCAUUGGCACUGGCACUGAUGUUGCCAUCGAAGCAGCCGAUGUCGUGCUAAUUCGAAAUGACUUACUGGAUGUGGUUGCAAGUAUCCAUCUGUCCAAGAGGACAGUGAAAAGAAUUCGAAUAAAUCUAAUCCUAGCCUUAAUAUACAACCUCCUUGGUAUACCCAUUGCAGCAGGUGUGUUUAUGCCCAUUGGAAUCGUGCUUCAGCCUUGGAUGGGCUCAGCUGCAAUGGCAGCAUCUUCCGUGUCUGUGUUGCUUUCCUCCUUGCAGCUGAAAUGCUACAAAAAACCCGACAUGGAAAGAUAUGAAGCUCAAGCUCAAAGACGCAUGAAACCACUCACCCCGUCCCAAGUCAGUGUCCAUAUUGGAAUGGAUGACAGGAGGCGAGACCUUCCCAAAUCUGGCGCUUGGGAUGCUAUCAGUCAAGUGUCUCUCUCUUCCCUGACUUCAGACAAACUGCCGAGAAACAUGGGGAAUUCUCUACGAAACGAGGCAGAUAAGUGGUCGCUGCUCACCAGCAGUCAAGAUGAAGACCAGUAUAUUUAAGAAAGCCAUACUUUGCAGCUGAUCUUCAAUGUUGCAGGGCAGGACUAACUUACCUUUGUCUAAUUCAUCAAGAGGCAGUCAGGAUUCUUGAGUUCUGCUUCCUGAGCACCUCUAGUGUGUGUGUGCUGUAUUUGGGGGAGAAUGGAGGCAACCGCCUUGAACUCAGCUGCCUCUUCGGGCUCUAGAUUAAGGCAUGGCCCAAUCUGAACACAAGCAUUAAGGAAUAGGGCCUGAACCUCAAGGUUUCUUGGACCAAAUCUCUGAAAGAAUGUUUUACAUGGAAUCAUUUUGGAGAUGAAACUUUGAAUGUAGUCCAGUUGUUCUUUCUGAGGACAGAACGUAGCUGGCUGUGUUAAUUUCCUGAAAGGAUAACAGGCAAAGUGAUGACCAGUCAGGAUGGUUCUACUUCUCUAUAGCAGUAUAUAGCAUUAUAUGCAGUUGGUUGCAAAGAUGAUGGCCCUCAUGUUCUUAAUUAAGAGGCUGCGGUGCUUUAGAAGCACUUGUUGCUUUUUAAAUAUGAACUGUACUUUCUGUUUUUAGUUCUGUCAGUUUGUCUUGCACCAGGACAAAUAAUGAUGGAAGGGCAAAGCCUUUGGCCACCCAUAUCAUGCUUCAUUGAUUGCAGUCUUGAAUCAAUUUUAGCAGUGCACCGGAAGUUCCUUCUCUGUGUUUUGUGUGCUGGUAGUACUAAAUCCCAAGUACCAUAUUUAGCCAAUGCCCUAUCGAAAUGGAAAUGUUUCAUGCACUGCUUUAGGCAGAUGCUGAGCCUUCACAGUAUGGAAACUGAAAGGACACUUGGACACUACAAUCUGCUAGGCUUUUUAAUAGGGCUUUUAUAGUGGGGAAUUUUUGUACCCACUUCCAUAGCAAGAGAAAUGUCUCGUUACUGCUUUCAGGGUGAGAGCAUGUCCUGAAUAUUAACUUGUGCAUUUUUUCAAUGCAUAGAGAAAUAAAAAGUGAAGCGCACCCAAGAUGCCAAUAAAUAGAUCCAGCCUCCCAACCUUUGCUUACAGAGGAAAUAAAUCUAAUUAGUAUACACAUUUAAUUGGUAUAAUAACUGUACUAAUGAUCUCCCUGCCCGCUUCUGUCUAUCUUAGGUAACAGAACUAAAUAGAAGACUCUUCUUGCUUCCAUGACUCUGAUAUUCUGGUCUUAUGCAAAAGAUCACCUCUGAAAGGACAGAUGGUGGAUGAUAAAAGCAAUCUGUACUUGAGCAUGGUUUCCUGAAACAACUCAUUAAUGUUUGACAGAAUGCAGUGCUUGCUAAAUUGUACUCUUUGGUUUAAAAAAUGUAACAACUGUUUGCUUGCCUUAAGUAAGGACUGGGUCUAGCUUUGUGAAAUCAUCCUCUGGAAUGUGCUGACCUGCAACAAGCUGCCAGGAAACUGAUUUCUUAUUUUCUGGCAAUGGCUUGUCUUAAAUUGCAGGCAGCAGGAACCGUGUCAGAAGAAGCCUUGCUUCUGUGUAACAAAGAGGGGGAUGCUCAUGAGGUGGGGGCUGCUGUGACCGAUACAUACUUUUCAUGGGGAAAUUGAUGUGCGAGGGGUGACUGUUGGCAUUUUUGAUGAUGGGGUUCCUGUAAUUUCAUAGUGCCUGGAAAAGGUCCUCAUUGCAAUAGAGGAGAAAGGGGCCAGCUUCUCUUCCCAUCUGGCGGAGUAGGAAGAGAAGGCUCCUGGAGCAUUCCUGUGCAUGCCUUGAUGAAGAGCAGUGGGUGGGGGUGCAUUUUGGUCAUUUCCCUGGCCUGGAACAGCACCAGCCGCAGAUGAUGGUCAGAUGUACCCCUCCCAUAAGAAGAACCUUUGGACCCUGCCAGUGUGAACAAACCAGUUUGUUUGAAAUGCUGCUUGAAGAAAGGUCACAGCAUCAUGCUCUUUUUUUAAAGCAACAAUACUUUUUUAAUCCACCUAAGCCAACACUUGCUCUUUGCAAACUUAACAUCCACAUUGUAUUAAAUAUGAUGCACAGUUGUUGAGAGAAGUAGAAUUGGGAAGUAGAACUUACUGUCCUGAAGGUAUAAUGGAAGGUAGUACUUGCACACAAAGAAUGCCAUUGAGGCUGGAUGCUGUGUUUCAUAAGCCAGAGUAUCAGUUUUUCUAUAUAUUAAAUCUGUCAUGGGUUCCAUGCAAAAAAAAUGAGCACUGCCAACAUACUGGUGAUGGUGACCUGAUGGUAGUUUGGUAUCUUCAAGAGGUGGGCAAAAGAGUACCAUGUGCUUCGGUCUUCAACUCCCAGAAUGCCCUGCCAGCAUGGCCACUUAGCAGGACUGCUGGGAUGUUGAAGUUUCGCACAUCUGGAGGUUGCCCUUCUGCUCACCCUUUGCUCUGUGAUGCUGGAGAGACUACUAAAUGUGCCCUUAUGACUUGGUCAAGACCUGCAUCACUCAUGGAUGAAUGCUCUGCAGCCUGUCUGUAACUACUUUCCCCUCAGCCAUAUAACAUCCACUGGGGGCAUAAUGCUGGAAUACAGGGAUUGGCCCAUUUGUACAGCAGAGGCUGCCUGGCACUUUAAUUUAGGGGGCAUUCUCUCCACCAUCAAGUGGAUUGUGAACCUUGCCAUUUCCUCCACUUGAAACAAAGUGCAUUUGAAAACACUUGCCGUGCCAUCUGGGUCACAUUCACAGAGAGCUUUUGAAUAGCCGGAACUGAUCCUCUGACUAGGACCUGAAAUCUUAAAAUAUUGGAAUAACUUCACUUAAUUGCUGCUGAAACUCUGGUCUCAUUCCCCAGAUUUCUUUUUAUUAUCACUUCUCUCCACCUAUCAGAGUCAGGAAUUGCAGUGUUCUUAGUGUUUGUUAAAUUAAAUAAAAGGAGAAAAUGUA